UAUGCUGUCACUUCGCUCUGGGCUCUGCUGCAACCCUGGUCUUCGCUGGGUCUCCGCGUUGUAAAAAAGGCCCAAAGGUUCGUAAAAGUUGAACCUCAAGACCAGUGUUCAGUUUAAAAACAACCCUUCUCGUCCCGGGACCAACAUGGCUCAUCUCAGAAAUGGUCAUUCCAGCGGCGACUUUCCGCGACAAGGAGGGUUCCGUCAGAAUGGGUUUCAAGGUGGAAACCCAGGAGGCUACGGAGCGUACCAGAACGGGGGCGCUACCGUUGGCUAUAGGAGAAACCCUGGCAUAGGAGGACCUCCCCGUAUGGUCGACAGAGGCGACCGCAAGGGAGGCUUCGUCCCCGGCCGGGGACCCGCACCCGUAGGCCGUCCCGGAAUCCACAAAACCGUAGGUCCUGUGGGUCCUCUGACGAAGCCUGACUGGGCGAACGAGCAACUGAACGACUUCCAAAAGAACUUCUACCGCCAACAUCCCGAUACCGAAUUGCGUACUGAACAAGACAUCGAUCAACAACGUCAGGAACUGCGCGUCACCAUCCGAGGCUCCAACGUUCCAAUGCCCUACAGAAGCUUUGAAGAGGCCAGUCUGCCCGAUUUUCUCAUUAGACACUUGCAGCAAGUGAAGUUUCAAGAACCGACAGCCAUUCAGGCUCAAGGAUGCCCCAUCGCAUUGUCGGGUCGUGACAUGGUAGGCAUCGCCCAGACGGGCUCAGGGAAAACCCUUGCCUACACGCUGCCUGCUAUCGUGCAUAUAUGGGGAAACAACGGACAUCGUGGUUAUCGUCCUCCAGGAUCACCGAUGGUACUGAUUCUCGCACCCACACGAGAGCUCGCCCAGCAAAUACAGCAAGUGGCCGCUGAUUUUGGAAGGGGCGCCGGAAUCAAGAGCGUCUGCAUAUUCGGAGGAGCGCCGAAAGGCGGUCAACUCCGAGAAAUUGAUCGCGGAUGCGAGAUUUGCAUCGCCACACCUGGCCGUCUCAUCGACUUCCUCGAGAGUGGAAAGCUGAGUCUUCGUCGACGUUGCUCUUAUCUGGUUUUGGAUGAAGCCGAUCGGAUGCUGGAUAUGGGCUUCGAGCCCCAGAUCCGCAAAAUUAUCAAUCAGAUUCGCCCCGACGCUCAAACACUCAUGUGGAGCGCCACUUGGCCGAAGGAGGUGAAGGCGCUGGCCGAGGACUAUCUUAAGGAUUACGUCCAACUGAACAUCGGCGCUUUAUCGCUCUCCGCCAACCACAAGAUCACGCAGAUGGUCGAUGUUUGUAGCGAAGAAGAAAAAGAAGAGAAACUCAUCGCUCUUCAGAGGAAGUUCUGCGAGGAGAAAGAUGCGAAAGUUCUCAUUUUCGCUGAGACCAAGAAGAAGGUCGAUGAUCUCUCGAUGCGGCUGAGACACUGUGGCUUCCACGCAAUCAGUAUUCACGGCGACAAGAGCCAACAAGAGCGUGAUUGGGUGCUCCAAGGCUUCCGCAACGGCGAGUGCAACAUUCUCGUCGCCACCGAUGUUGCUGCCAGAGGUCUGGACGUGGACGAUAUCCGUUACGUCGUGAAUUACGACUAUCCCCAUAGUUCCGAGGACUACAUCCACAGGAUCGGCAGAACUGCCAGAUCGAACAACACGGGCACUGCAUUCACAUUUUUCACCAAUGCAAAUGCCAAACAGGCUCGUGAUCUCAUCGGUGUUCUCAAAGAAGCAGGACAGCUUGUCACUCCCGAACUCUAUCAGCUCGCGGGUAGCAAAUCUCGUUUCGGCAGGAACCAGCCGCCGCGCUACCGCAAUCCGAAUCAGCCGUUCCAUCAAGUGUACGGAAAUCGCGGAUACGGCGGACGCAUGGGCUACGGUUCGAAUUCAUCGUCGUCAUCGGGAUACGGCACCGAUAUGAGUCGUCAGAGAAGCUUCCACAAUGGAGGUGGAUAUCGCAAUGGAGGCGAUUUCCAGCGUCAGAACACCAUGCCCGCCAGGUCUGGCUUCGGAGGAAGGUACGACAUCUCAGCUUCAAACUCGAUGCCAAUAGGAACACAGGGUACCAUGAACGGGUUGAGCGGACAGCCAUCAUCUUUGGUUGGAGGCGGCGGCUCGCAUCAGAUGCCGCCAAGCCAAAGUCAGCCGCCGACGGCAAUGGGCGGGGCGCAAAAUCGCAUGCAACACUGGGGUAUGGGUAUGGCCGUUCAAAGGCCCAACAGUGGGUUUAUGGGGGCCAGCUCGCCACAUUCUCCUCAGCAGAAUUAUGCACCUUCGCCUAUUGGCCACACUCCAAGCUAUCAACAGAACUAUGCGGGCCCAACUGCUAAUCCAGCGGUGCCUCCUUACGGUCACUACGCCAUGCCUCAGUAUCAGAGUGCCCCCUACUACCAGGUGCCUGCCUAA